AUGGGGUUGGGUGUGGACCAACUGGAGCCCAGCAUGGGAUUUGGUGUGGACCAAUCAGAGCCCAGCAUGAGGUUUGGUGUGGACCAAUCAGGGCCCAAACUUGGGGUGAAAACCAAGACACAGGGAUCUACACAUCUGGGCAAGUCCAACAACCAAGUUGGGCAGGGGAUCCAAGCCUUGGCAUCUACCCAGGCAUGUGGCCUGCACUCCUGCGCCUGCUCAGGAGCCUCUGGGGAGGGAGCAAGCCACCCUCUGCUGGUGUCACCUCGGGCACACACAGAGACCCGCUCCUUGAAGCAGCCCAUGGAGUGUGCCACGGCAGGCCCGGCCCUCCACGGGGCCAAGGAAAGAAAGAGCUCAGGCCUCUGUGAGGACCCAAAGAAGCUAGGCCUGUCCUUCUCUAUUGAGGCAAUCCUCAGAAGGCCCCUGAAGAGGAGGGAUACAGUCAGGCCACCAGGAGAAGACGGAGAGGAUCCUGGGCACAAAGCAGCCACCAGCUCCAGCCUGGUGAGUCCUCCACAGGACCAGCCCCAAGAAGAGAGGAAGAGCAAACGCAGGGUCCGGACCACCUUCACUUCGGAGCAGCUGCAGGAACUGGAGAAGCUCUUCCACUUCACCCACUACCCCGACAUCCACGUCCGCACCCAGCUGGCUGCCAGGAUCAAUCUGCCAGAAGCUCGUGUCCAGAUCUGGUUCCAGAAUCAACGAGCGAAGUGGCGGAAGCAGGAAAAAACCGGCAGCCUUGGUGCCCCGCAGCCACUGGGGGAAGGCAGUUUGGCCCUGCCCUCACCGCUGGACGUGGCUGACCCCGUGCUGGCGUCCUCCGCUCUGCCCAGGCUGGCUCCUCCCAUUGGGUGUUACCCACCAGCUCAAAGUAGGCUGACCUCCACCUGGUUCCCUUCGCGGAUCACCCUGGUCCCCCAGCACCCAUGGGAGCUGCAGCCCUUCCUGGGCCCUCGGGUCUCACAGACGUGCAUUCCUGACCUCUGUGUCCUGCCGCCUUCACACCCCAAGUGGAGCAGUGUCUGUGCCACUUUAACAUAG